AUGGCCGAGACUAAUGACUUAGAUGACCCUAAGACCAUGCAGGAUCUCACCUUGGUGGUGCAGACACUCUUGCAACAGAUUCAAGAUAAAUUUCAGACCAUGUCCGAUCAGAUCAUUGGAAGAAUUGAUGACGUGAGUAGUCGCAUUGAUGACCUGGAGAAAAACAUUGCAGACCUCAUGACACAGGCUGGCGUGGAAGAACUGGAAGGUGGAAACAAAAUACCUGCUACACAAAAGAGUUGGAGUUUUCUAAUUUACACUGAAAUCUGGAACAUUGUUUUUACAAGCCAAGAGAAGACCGAAUGGCUUUUUACAACUGACUACUAUGUGUAG